AUGGCUAGCGUAGAGAGUGACAUCAACCGGCCUUGGGCCGACGGACCUUUUGAACUGAUUUCUAUUUCGCUUCUUGGUUACAAGCCGGGGGAGAAGGUUCAACCAUACCACGCUAUGGCCUUGGAAAUGGUUACCGUCCAUAAUUGCUUGAUAAGAGGUAUAAACAGCGUCUAUCUCCAGUGCAUCAACGUGGAACGUUCAUCGGCUAGCGUUCCAGCAUUCAUCAAAUACGCAAGUGUAUGGGGCCAGAUUCUUCACACCCACCAUUCGACCGAGGAAAAGUGGAUUUUUCCUGAGAUUGAGGCGAUCGUUGGUGAAAAAGGCGUCAUGGAUGUUAACAUUCAGCAACAUCAUGCUUUUGAAGAGGGUGUAAACGAAUACGCUGCUUACUUGAAGAAUGCGGAAAACGGCGAGGAAAAAUAUGACGGGACAAAGCUCAAGAAUAUUGUUGACUCAUUCAUGCCUGUUCUUAGGCAACAUUUGCAAGAUGAGAUUUUGACUCUUAAGGACUUUGAUAAAUAUAAGGAAAAGACCGAUUGGGCCAAAUGGACAAAAGAUACAAUUGCAAAGGUGGUAAAGAAAACCCAGACAUCUGACGGCAUGGUUGUGGAGCUGCCCUUUGUGGUUCAUAAUCAUGAGGUUAAAUUUGAGCAAAUUGGUAGCUGGCCACCGGUACCAUCUCUUGUUUUCUUCGUUCUAAAAUUUCUGUAUUUUGGAAAGAACUCCGACUGGUGGCAAUUUGCACCUUGUGACAAGAACGGCAAGGCCAGAGAUUUGCCUUAUGCACUUUAA